AUGUCUCAAAAAACUUAUCUUACACAACAAAAGUUUAGUAAAACUUUUCUCUAUCCUAAUCCCACAAAUUUAUAUCAAUAUUAUUGCAAUGCAUUUGCUUAUAGUGAGCUUAUCAAUACAUAUCAAGAAACCAAGCCAGCUAAACAAAAAAUCAUGGAAGACGCAAACCUCAACUUGACUGAUUCAACACCUCAACAACAUAAGAUUGAUUCGCAACAAUCGCCAUCUACACCUUCAUCAUCUACAUCUAAUUUUUCCCUUGUAGGCAUGUCACCUGAUCAACUUAAAUUGUUUACACCAGGUGGAACCUCAAAAAAUGCUGCUGCUCAACGUCAAGCUAUUUUGGACAUAGAAUUGGCACAAAAAAAAGUUUCUGAAUUUAGACAAUUGAUCACCAUGACCACUGAUGAAGAACUGGCAAAAGACCUAUAUACAAAGAUUCAGCACGCUGAAAAUAAUAUAAUUGAAAAUCAAAGAAGAUUAAAAAGAUUAAAAAGUGGUGCAGAGGCUCAAGAAAGAUUCAGGCAAAAAAGACAAAAGCGAUUAUCAGAUUCACCUGGCAGUGUUAGAUCUGGUGCUGAAUCAAUUGAAUUGAAUAAUGGGGAUGGAAGUUCAAUGUUUCAAGAGUCUACCGCAAGUAUCGAUUUAGGAUAUGCUUCUACAAUAGAAUCUGUUAUUGAUGAAAUAAGUGAAGAGUUACGCACAAUAAGUAUUGGUAUUCAUGAAAAACCUGAACUUGCAUAUCAAGAAAAAUUUGCACAUGAUACUUUGACAGAUUAUCUCGAGUCCAAAGGUUUUAGAGUGGUUCGUCAAGCAUAUGGAUUAGAAACUGCUUUUCAUGCUGAAUAUACAUCACCAAUAGGCCCUGGGAGAAUUGUUGCAAUCAAUUCAGAAUAUGACGCACUUCCUGGUAUUGGACAUGGAUGUGGUCAUAAUUUAAUUGCGAUAUCCGGAGUUGCAGCCGCAAUUGGUGUUAUGACGGUUAUGAAGAUGUUUCAUGUACCUGGAAAAAUCAUACUAUUGGGAACGCCAGCAGAAGAACUUCAAGCUGGAAAGAUUAAAUUGAUUCAAGCUGGUGCAUAUAAGGGUAUUGAUGCUAGUUUAAUGGUACAUCCUGCCCAUGCUGACGCAAUUUAUGGAAAUUAUUUGGCAUCUGCAUCUGUGAAUGUUGAAUAUUUUGGCAAAGGUGCACAUGCUGCUGGUUCUCCUUGGGAAGGUGCAAAUGCUUUGGAUGCCGUAGUUUCAGCAUACAAUUCUAUUUCUUUGUUACGACAACAACUUCAUCCAACGAAUAGAGUUCACGGAAUCAUAACAAAUGGCGGGAAAGCAUUAAAUGUGAUAACUGAUUAUGCAUCAGCCAAAUUUAAUAUACGUGCGCCUAGCAAAUCACAACUAACGCAACUUCGUUAUAAGAUAACUGCAUGCUUUGAUUCAGCAGCAACUGCUACAGCAUGCAAUGUUAAAUUAACUUGGGACCCUGAAUAUAAUGAUGUUCUGGUAAAUGAACAUUUAGCUGAAAGAUUCGCUAGAUACAUGAGUGAAAGAGGAGUUCAUUAUAGAAGUAAACAAGAUGAAUUAAAAGUUACAAAAUCUUCUACUGAUAUGGGAAAUGUCAGUUACGUAGUGCCAAGUAUUCAUUGCGUAUAUAAUAUUGGAACGCAAGCUAAACUUCAUACAGAAGAAUUUGCAAAUGCUGCAAAGUCUCUGGAUGCUCACAUUUCAACAAUUCGUGCUGCGAAAUGUUUAUCACUAACAGCCAUCGAUGUUUUUGUCGAUGAUAACUUGUAUAAAGCAGCAUUCCGAGAAUUUAAAUCAACCUUACAAAAUUGUAAUGAUGAUCAAUAA